UUAGAGGCAAGCCGAGAAUACAUUUAUUCGCUCAAGGACUUGAUGUUCGUACACGGACCUAGAUGUGAACAUGGGAAUUUCGUCAUCGCAGAGAUCCAGUUGCUCAAAUGCUAUGGCUGUGGAACAGCUGUGGCUUUGAUGGUGAUGCUGAGUGUUGGACCAUCUGCGACAGGCUUGUGUAUUUUCUGCUGA